AUGUUCUCUGGUUAUCUUCUAUGUGGUGGAGUCUCAGUCCCAUAUUUGCCGGAGCGAUGUCUUCGACAAUUUGGUCGUAUUCAGUGCAUCCCGUCUGAUGUUCCUCCCAGGCCCACCAGUAUAGAUUGGGUGUGGCAGACUACUAUGCAGUCAUCUGUAUCGGUGUUUCGAAGGCUAUAUCAUGUUGCGAGUUUUCCUGGAGAGAUCACUGAGGACUAUUAUCCAUGGUACAUGUCUGUGUCACAUCCUCUGAUCAUUCCUCGGUCUACUGCACAUGCGGGUACAUCCUCUGACCAUCCAUCAUUUGUUGCACAUGUGGGUACAUCAUCUGUUGCACGUGCUGGUCCGUCAUCUUCUGACUGA